CAAGGUGAUAAAGGGCAGGGUGGACUGACUGUGCCUCCAGUUUCUUCUUACUGCUGCCUGGUCCAAGUCGGAGCUGCUAGUGUCCUCUAGUUUGUGACAAACUUAAAUAAAUAAAUAAAUAAAAACAGUUUUACAAUUGCAUAUAGUUAGUUUUAUUCUGGUUUUUGCUGUUUUUAGUGUAGUUUAGUGUAUAGUAAUUGUUUUUAAGAGAUAAGAGACUUUGGGAAAUCUGCUUACCAGUGCCAUGCCCCCUCACCCCCACUCCCCAUGCCUAGGUAUUGGAUUAUGCUGAAGAUGAUUGAGUUCAAGAUCUGCACCUCCUUUCCGUGUUCCUUCUCAGUCAGCAACGAGCACCAAUACUGCCUCUACUUAACUGCUUGGGAGAAACCCACAUUUCAUCAAGGUGCAGUAUCUGCCUGUCUUUCCCAAGCCAUACCCAGUUCUCUGCCUCAAGAAGCACCUUCUGGAGGUUGCCAUGAGGCCACAGUCAGAUCCAGGCCGGGGAACCCCCCACGUGCAUCGACCUGAGAAUCCCAGGAGCAUGCCUCCGACCAUGGAGAUUGAGUCUGGUUCCAAUGGUACUAGUACUACGCACCCCAUGCUGGGGCCUAAUCAGGAGGCAAGGAAGCAUGCACAUAAGCAUGGCAUGGUAAGUCUUCCUCCAGGCCCAAGAAGGAUGAUACACCUUCCAUGAGUUCUAGCCAUGGAGAAACGGUGUAUUCCAAGGCUCACAAGCAAGACAAGAAAUUGCACAGAUCAGUGGUACCGAGCACUGAGCCACGCAUGCCUUCCAAGUCGGCCCCCCUUAACUCAAGGGAACCGUCGGUUUCAAGACAGUCCUCUGCUUCAGCUCCAGUUCUGGCUACAGGGAGGCUGGAAAUGGCGCUGGAGCAACAUGAACUCUUUGCCCUUGGGGAACCAAGAUUGCCACGCCUUACUCUGCUGCCUGUGCCUAUUGAGGUACGAUCUCCAACCCAGGGCUUACCUCAGUCGACUUAUGCUUCCACCCAUUUGCCUAUAGUUUAUAUGGUCCACCAACAUUGGAACUGGGAUCCGAGUUUUCAUCAUUGGAGGAUUCGGAUGAAGUGUAAGGGCCGCUCAUCUCCUACCACCACUACAAGUGCCCUAAGGGACCACCAGCUUCGUGGCGGUACCCUACUUUCCCCCAACAGAGGAGCCACUGGUAUCCCACUCCAUGGGGCCCUCUGCAGCAUCCUCCGGAUCCAUCCUGUUGGCCAUAUUGGGGGUCCUGGCCUCAAUGUCCACCUUUGGAGCCUUCCUAUUCAGCAAGAGAGGGUUCAUCCCUAUCCCCGCUUGGGGCACCCUCAAGUAGGUGUUUGGAACCAGUUUUGGAGGAUGAGCCACUCAGUCCAGUUCUGAUAGUAUUGAACAGGAACGAUUCCCAUCAUCCUCUCCAGAUGCUGCUGUGACAUCAGUUUCUCCACCACCUGCCAGUUCCAGGACUUCCUACGCAGGGUGGCUGAGGACCUUCAUAUUCCACUGGAAGAAGUACAAGACAAGCAGCAUUAGCUUCUGGACAUCCUUCGUGCCUUGGUACCGACCAGGGUUGCUCUAUCAAUCAAUGAUGCCAUUCUUCAGCUGGCUCGGACUGUUUGGCAUACCCGGGCCAUUUACACACCUAACCCCAAGGGGGCAGAAAAAAGGUGGUACAUACCAGCCAAGAGGUCUGAGUUUCUAUUGUCCCACCUCCCAUCCAAUUCCCUCGUGAUCCAAGUGACAACGGAGUGGGCCAGGUGACAGCACCCACGCUCCACCCCAGCAGACAAGGAGGGCAAGUGGCUGGACCUUUUGGGUUGCAAUGUUUUCUUGUUGGCUAGCCUCCUAUUUUGGAUCUCGAACUAGCAGGCCUUAUUGGCCAAAUAUAAUUUUCUCAGUAAAUUGGAGAACUUUACUGGCAAAGAUCAAGCCUGUUUCCAGGCUAUCCUGGACGAGGGCAGACUUGUACAAGAACAGCACUUCAAUCUGCUGUAAAUGCAGUGGAUACCUCUUGGUGCACAAUGGCUAUGGAAAUGCUUGUGCAGAGAGAAUUGUGGCUGCAUUCAUCUGGUUUCCCCAGGGAGGUACAAAAUACCAUAGGAGAACCUCCCUUUCAGCGAGUCUCCCCUGUGUAACCAGAAGACUGACAGUUUCCUUCACUCCCUCAAGGAUUCUGGAGCCACGUUAUGAUCUCUGGGUAUCUAUACCCCUGCACCCAAGAGAAAAUUCUACCAUCUGUGACCUGCACAACGGUUCAGGACUCCCCAGUUUUUCCACCAAUGACCCUAUGAACCACCUCACAAGCGACAGAAGACCCAGCGACCCCGUCCUCCGGGACCGCCUUCACAGCCUUCAGCAUCACAUGCUCAGUUCUCUCAGAAGUGAUACUUCUGAAUGCACCUAGAGCACCACCAACCACCUUCCCUCCUGCCAUGCACCUGACCCACCCCCUUCGGGGUGGUCUAGCACUCUUUUUACCAGCUUGGAGUGCAAUAACAACAGAUGGGUCCUGGAUGUUGUUCGUCGUGACUAUACAAUCGAGCUCACAAAGCUACCUCAUUCACAUCCCCUGCCCCAAUCCCUCCCCAGGGACCACACCCAUGACAGCGUACUCACUCUAGAGGUAGACUCUUGACUGCAAAGGGGGGUGGUAGAACACAUUCCUCUGAACUAUCCGAGCAUGGGGUUCUAUUCCACUUAUUUUCUGGUACCCAAGAAGGAGGACGGGUGGAGACCAAUCCUGGACCGCCACCGUCUCAAUCGCUUCAUCCGCAAACCCAAAUUUCGUAUGUUCGCCUUAGCAGCCAUCAUGCUGGCACUAGAAAGAGAAAGAGGCAUGUGGUUUAUGGCUCUUGAUAUGUAGGAUGCCUAUUUUCACAUAGACAUCCAUCCAACCCACACAAGGUUCUUGAGAUUUACGGUAGGCCCUCCGCACUUCCAUUAUCGAGUCCUACCAUUUGGACUCACUACUGCUCCAUGGGUCUUCACCAAAGUUUUCUUUGUGGUAGUGGCCCACCUCUGGCCUCAGGUCUGUCCACCACUGGAGGAAGGAGAGCAUUUCAGGGGGCGACUGUCAUCAGAAAGUCCAUGGUAUGUCAUUUGAGUGAAUAGAGUCUCUGGAGCCACAGCUGAAGACAGUGAAGGCGGUGGUCAAGGAGGGACAGGCAAAUCCUGACCAGAACAGAAGGACUGUUGACUACUUGGAUGACAAGUUCCUGCCGGGUGUGGAAUCUGUCACUUGGUAAGUAGGAUCAUGCUGAGACCACGUUGAUGGAGGUCCCUAUGAAAUGAAGGGACUGUGUGGGCACCGAAGUUGAUUUUUCAACAUUUACACUUACACCCAGGGAGAAAAGGAGUCUGAGUAACAUGGAGAUCGAGGCUUGAGCCACAUCUCUUGAUUGCGGUGUUACUAGCCAGUUGUCGUAAUAGGAGAAUAUAAGGACCCCAUGAUGCCAGAUGUGGGCUGCUGGACAAUGCUGUGAAGAUGUGGUCAGAAAAUAUAUCCAUUCCUGUGUGUUAAUGACUUCAUGAAACUAGCACUGUCCAAUGGAAAUGAUAAGCUUGAGUUACCUUAUGGAAUAAAGAGAGCAGAGAGUUAUUUUCGCCUAGCCCUUUCAAGACUGCAUAACUGCGGACUAUUCAAUGAAGAUAAUGGUGUGAUCUGUAGAAGGUGUGUUGUUGUUGGUAAUGGAGGAGUUCUUCGAAACAAGACACUAGGGGAGAAAAUUGACUCCUACAAUGUGGUAAUAAGAAUGAAUAAUGGUCCCGUCAGAGGGUACGAAGGGGAUGUUGGGAAGAGGACAACUUUCCGACUUUUUUAUCCAGAGUCUAUUUUUUCAGAUCCGAUUCACUAUGAUCCUGACACUACUGUAGUUCUUCUUGUCUUCAAACCACAUGACUUAAAGUGGCUCUGGAACAUAUUGAAUGGUCAUAAAAUAAACACUAAUGGUUUCUGGAAGAAACCCGCCUUGAAAAUGAUCUAUAAAGUUAACCAAAUCAGGAUACUCGAUCCUAUCAUUAUCAGAAAAACAGCACAUGAAUGGCUUCAGUUCCCAACAAAGUUUCCCAGAAAAGAAAAACCCAAACAUCCUACAACAGGGCUAAUUGCCAUCACACUGGCAUUUCACAUAUGCAAUGAAGUUCACGUGGCAGGCUUUAAGUACAACUUCACUGACCGAAACAGUUCUUUGCACUAUUAUGGCAAUGAGACCAUGUCUGAGAUGAUUGAGAAUGGAUACCACAACAUCAUUGCUGAGCAAAAGUUUUUGAAGUCGCUUAUAGAUAAGCAGUUUGUGGUCAGCUUGACAUGAGACUGAAUAGACAAUGGAAGAGUGAUCGCUAUUUUCAACAAGAUAGAUUUUAUUUUUUGUACUGUAUUUUUAUUUUUUAAAUGCCAUAUCAGUUACAGAAAUAUUUAAAAGAAGCACAGAUGCCUCACAAAGGUGGUGGUAGCAGAGUUCCACUGUCUAAGACUGAUGAUGAUUGUCGCUAUCUCGGGGCACACAACUAGAGUGAACUGAUUUCUGUGAAUCUAUUUAAUUAUGAAAAAAUACAACCUUCAGCUAAAAAAUAUCAGGGAUAUAUAAAAAUAUGAUGCACACCAUUUAUUUAACAAUAAGAACAUUUUUCAACAACUGAUUUCUUUUCUGUAUCUUCCUUUCCUGUUGCCCAGAGACUUGGAAGGCUAUGAGAUAAUUGAUAAAGGGAUACAAAGUCUUUCACCUCUCUGUUCUGGUUUGAAAACAGUUUGGGAUAAGUGUAUCUGCAAAUCAUUACUAUCUGAAGGGUGUCUAGUAGCUGUACAGUAUAUAAAGUGCAUUUUUAGUCUCAAUCCACCUGGGCAGAUGUCCAUAUCAUAGAAAAUCACCUUCAUAAUUCACACAGGCUGGUGUUUUCUUGUUGUCUGUCUCAACAAAGAGGCCCCAGACUGAACUGCCCAUGGACUCCUGGAUUUAGCAUGUGUACACUUGGGUUGGAGACCCACUGGUAUAACAGUGUGGGGAAGUCUGGAUUGAUGCUGCUCGUGCUGUAUCUAAUUUAUGGAUACAUUUGUUCUCAGUGCUGUCAGUCUGAUUUAUUUCACAAGCACCUGAAUUCAUUUUUAAGAGGUAAGCACGAUCUCCUUUAAACUGUGGAAUUAUAGAAGAGUUUUUUAAACAUUUGAGUUGUCUUGGCACCACUGUGCAGUAUUGACCACUUUAAGAUGCAUUCACAACCAGAACUCCCCAAUGAAUAUGAACUAGAAUCUUGAGUUUGUAAAUUAAAAUUUAUUUCAAACAAAAUGUCUUUGAUGCAUAGAUUUCGCCCCCCCCCCUCCAACACACACAUUCCAGAGGCCUUGAUACUUCUUAUUCUCCCAAAGAUGAAGAUCUAUUUUCCAAAACAGCACAGUUCCCCUUAGCACAGUUCCCCUCACCAUAACAGGUAACUGUGAAGGGUUUCAAGAGCACCAACAGAUCAUCACAUGUACCAAUUAUCUUCUAUAUUGUGAGCAAGGCAGCAUCUGAGACACACAUUGACCAAUUCUGGGAGUUACAAUUUUGUUUUUAUCUGGCAAU